CGCCGCGAGCCAAUAAAGCGUGAACCCGUCCGUCCGGCUCGCACUUUAAGACUUCCCGAGCGGUGGCGGGGGACGCCAGUCGAGCCGGGAGACGCUUACCUGCCGCUUCCCCGCGCCGCCCGGUGCACCUGGCCGCAAGGGACCUCGUUCGCAGGGAAGACGGCGACACUCCGCGGAGGUGGAACCGGCGCGCGCCGUCCGGGCUCGGACCUUACCCGGAACGUGAGGGCGCCUUAGCGACUCCUUCCCUGCUGUGCCCCGUUCCCGGCGUUCAGCCCGGCCCCGCAAAGGUGGGACGGCUCCCGGCUUCAGUUACGGAAGCGGCCCGUGUCCAGCGACGAGGGUUCGAAAAUGCCGCGCGCGUUCCUGGUGAAGAAGCCGUGCGUCUCCACGUGCAAGAGGAACUGGAGCGAGCUCCCCGACGAGGAGCGCGGCGAGAUCUACGUGCCAGUCAGCCUGGGCUUCUGCCCACCACAGCCCUACCGGGAGCCGGAACCCUCCGUGGCCGAACCCCCUUCCUGCCCCCUGGCUUUGAACAUGAGCCUUCGAGACUCUAGCUACAGCAUGGCCCCUGGGCCCUGUGUGGUGGCCCAGCUGCCCUCUGAAGACAUGGGCCACUUAACAGGCCCCCAGAGCAGAGACCAUGGCUUCCUGCGCACCAAGAUGAAGGUGACCCUUGGGGACAGUCCCAGUGGAGACCUGUUCACCUGCCAUAUCUGCCAGAAGGCCUUCACCUACCAGCGCAUGCUGAAUCGCCACAUGAAGUGUCACAACGACGUCAAGAGGCACCUCUGCACGUACUGCGGGAAGGGCUUCAAUGACACCUUCGACCUCAAGAGACACGUCCGAACUCACACUGGCGUGCGGCCCUACAAGUGCAGCCUGUGUGACAAGGCCUUCACGCAGCGCUGCUCUCUGGAGUCUCACCUCAAGAAGAUCCAUGGCGUGCAGCAGAAGUACGCGUACAAGGAGCGGCGGGCCAAGCUAUACGUGUGUGAGGAGUGCGGCUGCACAUCUGAGAGCCAGGAGGGCCACGUCCUGCACCUGAAGGAGCACCACCCUGACAGCCCGCUGCUGCGCAAGACCUCCAAGAAGGUGGCCGUGGCACUACAGAACACUGUCACUUCCCUGCUGCAGGGCAGUCCCCACCUGUGAGCGGCUCGAGCCCUGGGGGUGCUCCUGGAGGCCCCGAGAGCAUCCAGGAUUGCCUCCCAGCUGCCUGGCCAGCCCACCCUUCUGUGACCUCUCACCCGAACACCAGUGAUCAGGACUGGAGCCCCCGUGCCUUGGUCUCCCCCCGGGCACACGUGCUCACUCAGGCCCAGCAAUGACCUCUGCUCAUUUUUGCAUUUUUGACUUAUGGGCCGAGGCUGUUCUGAGCCUGGGAAGAUGUGCCUAUGUCAGGAGAAGGGAUGAGGCCAAGGCUGCCUUCAAUUAGAAGCAGCCGCCCACAGAGACAGGCACUGUGUGCCUGGCAGCAGGACUUCCUACCCAGAGGAGGUUCGAGCUAGGAUCCCACUGCCCCCGCCUCUCAGCACAGGGCAGGGGCUGCAGGUCCCCAGUGGACAUCAGAGUCAAAAGCACUGGCAAAGGGUUCCCCUGCAAACAACUGCGGUGGGGGUUGGCUGCGGACCCCCCAGCUGGCAGGGCUUCUAAUGCUCAGGGUUCUGGAGGGCUCUGUCCUUCCGGCAAGGAGAGGCACACGUGUGCCCAGCCAUGUGUGUGCGUGUGCUUGUGUGUGCACUGCUGUGUGUGUGCAUGUUCACGUGCAGGAAGCCUUUCCACAUUUCACCUCAUUUCUACGAAAUAAACUGCAAGGUGCCAAGAAGGUUUUAUUUCCCUUUUUUUUUUUUUAAAGAUGACAAAUGUACAGAUGUUAAUAUAUUUUUGGUGCCAAUGGCGAUGUUUUUAAGAGUGGGAUGGAGCUGGCUUUUCUCCAUUCCCAUGCACUUCUAUUUAUCCUGGACAUUUCAAACCUCCUCUGUGCCUUGGCUCUGGGCGGGGGCUGCCCCAACCCACCCCUAUUCUUUGUACGUGCUGAGACGGCCACUGGAAGAUCUUCCUCCAGUGGCGCCCUGGACGGCUGCUCCUGCGAACAGCCCAUGGCAUCUUCUGCUCUUUCCUCCCGGCUCUGCCCUGCACAUCGUGUUGAGGCAAGCCCCAGUGACCCGGAGAGCUGGCCUGAUGCUGAGGGUGUGUCCUUCUGGGGCUUUAGGGGGCAGGCAGGUGGGAUGAAUGACGAUGCCCAUCCACUACCUGAAGCACUAGGACACUCUUGCAGGACCAGGCUGGAAGACCGGCCCUUUUCUUGGUUGAGUCAAAAGCCCUAGCGCAGUGGCAACACAUGGGACAGAAUGAUGACCAGCACCUCAGAAACUUCCAGAGGGAGGAGAGGAUUUGACGGCUACCAAAUUGUAUCUGUUGCCUUUUUUCUGACUUUUUCACCUGGUCAGGCUGGGGUUUGGAGUGGCUGUGGGGAGAGCCGUCCUGGCUGGCUGGCUGGCUCCCUUGCUGCAGCUGGGAAAGGGGUUCUGGGUGUAAAGGGGUGUGUGUCUUGUGGGCCAAAGGGAAAGACAGGCAGGGGUCAGAGCCAGCCUGCCAGAGGCAAAUGCAAAAGAGGUCCCCAGAACACAGCCAGCUGGGCAGCCCCUUAAAGCCAAACCCCACCCGAAGCAGAACCACUUUGGCCUCCCCUGCCCAAAAUGGGUAGUGUCUACACCACCCCGGGCUCAGGCUCAGGCCCAGCCCUGGGCUGACCUAAGAGGAAGGCUCCUUCCUGGACUGCCCUCUGAAAUGUGUAUAGAUUGAUUCUCAAAACUCUUGUUUCACUUGACUUUAGAGUGUCUGGGGAGCUGCUGUAUUCUGAAAGUUACAUAGCACACAGUAAUGUUAUCUGGAAGCUCUGUUUUUGUUUACAUUUCUGUAUCCCUGGGUUGACUGCCAAUCCGAGGCCGUCAUGAAGCUCUGUGUUGUCUGUUUUAUUUUAUAACCUUCCUCUCAACUAUUAAAAUUAGAGAUCUAAUGUU